AUGGCUAUCUUGGACAACCUCAAGAACGCGGUGGGUCGCAAGACGGGAGGCGACGCCGAAGCUGCCGCCCCAGCGGCCGACCUCGAGAUCCAGGCCGCGCCGGCCACCGCGGGCGCUGACGGCGGUGCCAUCUACGAUGACGAGAAGAACGCCAUCCCCGACGAGCUGGUGCCCAGCAAGAAUGCGCAGCUCGGUGUUCAGAAGAUCCAGGCUGUGACGCUGACCUGGACCAAGGGCUACCUGGCAGCAUGUCUGAUCCUCAUUUGGCUCCUCUUCCUAACCAACGGGUUCCGACUUUCGAUCCUGUGGGGCCUGACGCCAUACGUCACGAGCGACUUCCAAUCGCACUCGCUCCUAACGGUCAUUGGUAUCGUCUCGAGCGCCAUCACGGCUGCCGUGUACAUCCCCAUGGCCAAGAUGCUCGACGUCUGGGGCCGUGCCGAAGGUUUUCUGCUCAUGAUCGGCUUUGCGACCCUCGGUCUCGUCCUCAUGGCCGUGUCGGAGAACCUUGCCACUUUCUGCGCCGCGCAGGUCUUUUACUCUGUCGGUUUCGGUGGUGCCAUCUACACCGUGUGCGUGCUCGCCGCCGACGCGACGAACCUGCGCAACCGUGGCCUAGCCUUCGCCUUCACAUCUUCGCCCUACAUGAUCACGGCAUUCGCCGGAAGCAAGGCCGCCGAGGGUUUCAACGGGUUCAACUGGCGAUGGGGAUUCGGGUGCAUGGCCAUCAUCGUACCCAUGGUCACGUUCCCGUUAUUCGGCGUGCUCAAGCUGAACCUCCGCAAGGCCGAGAAGCAGGGCCUCAUCAACACAAGGGAGAAGAGCGGCCGGACCAUUCCCCAGAAGAUCGUCUACGGUCUCAAAGAAUUUGAUGCUUUCGGCGUCUUCCUGUUCGCCGGCGGCCUGACCGUGUUCCUGCUGCCGUUCACGUUGGCACGGUCGGCGCCGAACGGCUGGUCGACGGACUACAUCAUGGCCAUGAUCGUCAUGGGCUUCGUCACGCUCGUGGGCUUUGCGCUGUACCAGGUGUACCUCGCGCCAGUGCCGUUCCUCAAGCACAAGUUCCUCACGGACCGCACGGUCCUGGGCGCGUGCCUCAUCGAUUUCACGUACCAAAUGUCGUACUCGUCGUGGAACAGCUACUUCACGUCGUUCCUGCAGGUGGUCAACAACGUGACGGUGGCCGAGGCCGGCUACGUCAACAGCACGUUCCAGGUGGUUUCGGGCGUGCUGCUGUUCAUCGUGGGGUACCUGAUCCGGCGCACGGGGCGGUUCCGCUGGCUCUUCUUCGUGGCGGUGCCGUUCUACGUCCUGGGCCUGGGCCUCAUGAUCCAUUUCCGCAGGCCGAACGGCGAGAUUGGGUACAUUGUCAUGUGCCAGAUCUUCACGUCGAUCGGCGGCGCCAUCUUCAUCCUCGGCAUGCAGAUCGCCGUGCUGGCGGCGGUGGACCACCAGCACGUGGCGGCGGCGCUGGCCAUGCUCUUUGUCAGCGGCGGCAUGGGCGGUGCCGUCGGCAGCACCAUCUCGGGGGCCAUCUGGACCAACACGUUCCUGCCGGCGCUGCGUCGCUACCUGCCCGAGGGCGUGGACGCGCUGGUCGUGUACGGCGACAUUGUCGCGCAGCUGUCGUACCCCGUGGGAAGCCCCGAGAGGCUCGCGAUCCAGCAGGCGUACGGCUAUGCGCAGACGAGGAUGCUGGCGGCGGGGAGGGGCAUUGCGGGUGUGCUGAUUGUGUGGAUCUGCAUGCUGAAGGACCUGAACGUGGGCGAGAUGAAGCAGACCAAGGGUGUUGUGUUCUAG